CUAGAACUCAUUUUGGACACCCACGUGUUCCUGGUGGUACGACAGCUACUGCGCAGGGUACAACUCUAGAACUGGAAUUCAAUAAACGACGGGUAAGCCAGAGAGAGCAGAUCUGAGCUCCACCGGCGUCCAUGGCUUCUCCUGCCAUUUCCAGAUCUCCUCUCCAGCGUCUCUCCACCUUCAAAGCCACACCCACCGCUACAGCAGCGCCCACUCCCAAAGCCGGUACUCCCACGCCCCUAUCCCCAACCCCAACCCCUUCACACCUCGACUCCUUCUCCUCCGAUCCCAUUUUCUCCGCAUUUCUCUCCUCCGAUUUCAACCCCACACAGUUCUCCUCUGCGGCGCUUUCAUCCGGUUCCGCCGCCUCUCGGAUCGAGAAGCUCCAGGAGGGACUCCGCCUCCUCGAUACACAGCUCCGGCACGAGGUCCUUUCUCGGCACAAUGAUCUCCUCCAUCAGCUCUCCUCAAUCAAGGCUUCCGAAUCAUCGCUCUCGUCCCUUCGAUCCUCAAUUUCGUCUCUUCAAUCGUCUCUCCGCCAUGUGCGCGCCGAGCUCUCCGAUCCGCAUCGCGUUGUGGCUGCCCAAACCCUACAGCUCAAUAAUCUGCACUCGACUUCGUUGUUUCUUCAGCAUACGCUUCGAACUCUGCGUCUAAUCCAGAAGCUAAGGAAUCUCGUGGAAUCACAGCCGGAUGCGUCGAAGUGGGAUCUUUCCAAAGCUGCUCAGCUGCACAAUGAGAUUUUAACUCUGUACAACGAGUCCCAGUUAUCAGGGAUUGAUGUGGUGGAUACUGAAUUGAAAUGGGUAAUCGAUAUAGGAUCCAGUAUAAGAGAGGAGGGAAUGAAGGUAUUGGAAAAUGGUCUCGAGAGUCUGAAUCAACCAGAAGUAGGCUUAGGUUUGCAAGUGUUUUACAACAUGGGUGAAUUGAGGGGGACCGUUGAUGGUUUAGUGAGCAAGUAUAAGCAAAUGGGGGUGAAGAGUGUGAGCAAUGCAUUGGAUAUGAAAGCCAUUUCUGCUGGCGGAUAUGGCGCUGGAGGUCCAGGAGGAGUGCAGAGACAUGGGACACCGCAGAUUGGGGGUGGGGCGAAGGCCAGGGAGGCACUUUGGCAGAGAAUGAGCGGCUGUAUGGACCAAUUGCAUUCGAUGGUGCUUGCAAUUUGGCAUUUGCAGAGGGUAUUGUCCAAGAAGAGAGAUCCAUUCACACACGUCCUUUUGCUAGAUGAGGUUAUGCAGGAAGGUGAUCCAAUGUUAACUGAUCGUGUUUGGGACGCUUUAGUAAAAUCAUUUGGGAGCCAAAUGAAAUCUGUUUUCACUGCCUCAAGCUUUGUCAAGGAGAUUUUUACCGUUGGGUAUCCAAAGCUGUUAGCAAUGAUUGAGAACCUCCUAGAAAGAAUUUCUCGGGAUACUGAUAUCAAAGGGGUUCCACCUGCACUCACUUCUGAAGGCAAAGAACAGAUGGUAGCUGCCAUUGAAAUUUUCGAGACAGCAUUUUUAGCCCUUUGCUUAAGUAGAUUGACAGAUCUUGUAUAUUCUGUAUUCCCUGUGUCGAGCCGGGGAAGUGUGCCCUCCAAAGAACAAAUCUCAAGAAUUAUAUUGCGAAUUCAAGAAGAAAUAGAAGCUGUGCAGAUGGAUGCACAUUUGACUCUCCGUAUCCUGCGUGAGAUCAAUAAAGUUUUGCGUCUACUUGCAGAAAGAGCUGAAUGUCAGAUCUCGACUGGCCCUGAAGCACGCCAAAUAAGUGGCCCUGCAACUCCAGCACAGCUGAAGAACUUUAUGUUGUGUCAACAACUGCAAGAAGUUCACUCUCGUGUAACAGCCAUGAUAUCAGGACUUCCCACUGUGGCAGCUGAGGUUCUUUCCCCAGCUCUCGGUACAAUAUAUGGUGUUGCUGGUGAUUCAGUGACGUCCUUAUUUCAAGCCAUGCUCGAUCGUCUUGAAUCCUGCAUCCUGCAAAUUCAUGAUCAAAACUUCGGCACUCUCGGCAUAGAUGCUGCAAUGGACAAUAAUGCAUCCCCUUACAUGGAAGAAUUGCAGAAAAGCAUACAUCACUUCCGUACGGAGUUCCUGUCCAGGGUUCUACCUUCUUCAGGAACUGUUUCAGUCGGAACAGAAACUAUAUGCACCAGGCUAGUAAAGAGCAUGGCAUCUCGGGUUUUGAUAUUUUUCAUAAGACAUGCAUCACUCAUUAGGCCAUUAUCUGAGUCGGGAAAGCUGAGAUUGGCCAGAGAUAUGGCGGAGAUCGAAUUAGCCGUGACCCAAAACCUAUAUCCUGUAGAGCAGCUCGGUGCACCCUACCGUGCUCUUCGAGCAUUCCGGCCUCUCAUUUUCCUGGAAACAUCUCAACUGGGAUCGUCACCGCUUCUUCAAGAUCUUCCGGCGAGUGUUAUCCUCCACCAUCUCUAUUCUCGUGGCCCUGACGAGCUGCAGUCACCUCUACAGAGAAACAGGCUUACACCUCUCCAGUAUUCAUUGUGGAUGGAUUCGCAAGCCGAAGAUCAGAUAUGGAAAGGCGUGAAAACGACUUUGGAUGAUUAUGCAGCCCGAGUAAGGAGUAGAGGAGACAAGGAGUUCAGUCCGGUUUAUCCUUUGAUGCUGAAGAUCGGCGCUUCUUUAACAGGAAAUGAACUGUGAUUGCGUACACAACAUGUCGAUAGUUAAUGAGUUUAACCGGUACUGCUGCGUACAGGUAUACUUGUUAAGUUUUUUUAAGAUUACGAGAUCAGUUCUUUUUCUUUUUACCCAUACGGCGUUUCUAUAUUUGCUUUGCAUUGGAUCGCCUGAUCAUGUAUUGCCAUCGAUCGUGAUCGUGCUGCUAUUCUUUCGAUUCUAAGUAAAAUAAGUAUGAUAUGAUAGGUAGAUGGAUGGAUUAUGUCCAUGAGUGUUUGCUGGUCA